AUUUACCAAUGAGAACCGACUUAACCCAGCUGACAUCUUAGUGUGCCACUGUUGCGAGCGAAUAUUGGACGCUCGCUCUUGCGACUGCCGAAUUUGCAUUAAAAAUCUCAAAUUUGGACUGCGUUUUCGCGUCCGGACAUUGAUUAAACAGUGUAAUAAUGUAUUUUAAGAGAAAAAGAAACGAUUACCGGAGUGUUAUAUUAUAGCCCAGGUGUUUACAAGUGGGGACAAACGAAUUAGUUUGCGGCUUUAAAAGAUGCACAGUUGCGAUCCAGUGCCGUCGGCGCCGGCUCCGUCGUCGGGCCCCAGCCUGCUGCUGCAGCUAGGCCGGCUCAUCAUCAGGUCCAGGAGCUCCAGCCCCGCCGCCCGACAGCCGCACGACCGUCUGCUGCACGCCAAGAUUAUCAACGCCAAACCGUCGACAAGCCAACAGGUCCAAAGCCAACCGAAGCUCGAAGCCGAGGAGCCGAAGCCAGCAGUGGAGGCGCAGCUCAGCACCCGCGUGCAGGCGCUCUGGGAUGAACAGAUCCCAGUCUGCAUUGAGGUACUGCUAGCCCCGGACUGCGCGGAGUGCUACGCGUCGCUGUGCCGCUCGGAGGCGGAGUCCUUCGACAAGCACAAGCACCGCGCGCUGCUGCUCGAGAGGUGGACCAUGAGGGCGCAGGUCAAGAAGUCAGAGCAAAGCCCAGCGUUCAGCACGUCUCAAUGGCUGCUGAACGCGGUCCGCUCCCAGCUGCACUUCUCGCAGCUGGCCGCCUGGCUCGCCAGACUUAAGGAGACCAGCGAUGAUAGUCCAACGGAACGCAGACGUAAGCUAAGUCGCGAAACGUGCAACUACAAGAAAAUCGAAGCCAACUGUGAUGACACAGAAACAAGCGACCGCAAACUGAACAUCGUUUACUCCAUCCAGAUAUCCCAGGACAGCUACAAGAAGGGCGACUUCGUCCGCCCGCCCAACGACCACAAGUUCCCCGUCACCGACAUCGGCAACAACCUCUACCUUAACGUGAUACUUGAAAGCCUGCCCCGAUUGGACGAUAUACCCCACGUCAAAUGUGCCUGCCAGAAACGGAAAACUAGCAAAGACACGCCGCCUAAUAUUCACGAAGAAUUAGUUGGGAAACUCAAUGAUCUCUGUAUUGAAAAUAAGUUUGAGACGAACGUUGUUGACGACCGCAUGCUCACGCCUUGCAGCGAGAACGGCAAGCACAAGUGCAACUGUGACGACGAGUCCGACGGCAAGGACAGACCGAAAGUCAUCGACGACAGGAGACUGAAAGAGAUAGCUAAAUACAAACGACGGCUUCGCAAAGAGUGUAAGAUCAAGAAACUCCACGACAGCACCUCGUCAGAGGGAGAUGGACUGAUAAAAACUAAAGAAACACACACUUCCAUCCCUAUCCUACAAGCUGCAAGGUUCGACAGGUUCAGAGCCAUCGGUUGCUAUAGAAACCAAACUUACUUAACUUUGCCAGCGAGUAGGAUCGAAACAAAAUCCCCAUUUGUAGAUAAUGAUAUACAACCACCAGCUGAGUUCAAAAAAACUAAUACGGUCUCGACGCAGACCGAGGAUUUGUCCUGCCAAUGUGGUACCGUUAUACAGAUGCAAUGUGACACUUGUAACGACCGAGGCAUGAUCAGAUCAGACGGCAACUACAACCUAGCCUCGAUAGAGAAGAACCAAGAAAAUGGAGCCCGAAGAAAAUGCGAAGAAGACGAGAAGAAGAUAAAAAAGCAUAAAUGUGAUACGUUUUGUGAUAAUAAUCGUAGUAUUAGUAAUAGUGACAUAAUAAAAAGACCUAAACUGCGUAGAUUUUUCCCUAUAGUUGAUAAAAUUGAGAAGAUUGUAACAGAUAGGUUUGCGCAACGGGAGAAGGACAUGGAGGAGUUACAAUUGGAGAAAGAAGAUACGGUUUUCAGUAGACCGAGAGAGUCGAAACGGCAGAAGACCUUUUCAAUAAGCGACGAGGACUACGUACUUUACGAGAAGUGUGAUUAUGGUACUUUUGAUCGGUGUUCCAAUGAAAAUUCUGAGGAUUCUGUCACUCAGGAGAAUGGUUUUAAGUUUCCAAGUCGACAGGAGAACCAGGUACCGUCUCCAACAGAGAUGGAUAGAUUUCGUUGGCGUUUUGAUUCAGCUGCGUCGAUGGUGUUCAGUACGAAGACUGGUCUGCCUCUGACUUCCAGUCCUGCGCCGCUGAGGAGGGGGAAUAAUUGUUUCGAUUUUGAUGAUUCGAUUAACGGCAUUUCUGGUAUUAAGAGCGCGCUGUUCCACCCGAUCUCCCCCUCGCCCCCCCCUCCCGCGUCCCCCGCGUCCCCGCGGCCGCCCGCGCGGACGCCGCCGCCGCCCGCCAGCAAGAUCAGGAUGAAGCCCAGUACGGCCUUGUUAGGUAGCUUCGAGGAGUCUGCCCUGAAGGGUCGCCUGGAGCCUGUGGCCACAGUGCAGGGGUUCCGCGCGGAGCUGGGCGCGUGCGGGGCCUUCUGUCCGCCGCACCGCCGCCUGCCCGUCACUGUGUUCUUCUACGCGCCCGGCGGGACCAACGCGCCUUAUAUGGGUCACAUAAACCUAGGCUCCAGCGGCUACCGGGUAGCCCGGUCAGGCACCGUCCAGGUCUCGCUGUUCAACCCGCACGGGACCCUCGUGAAGAUGUUCGUAGUAUUGUACGACCUGACCCGCAUGCCCGCCGGGUCCCGUACGUUCCUGCGACAGAGGACCCUGUACAUGCCCGCCGGAGCGGAACCCCCCGCCAGGCAUCUCGCGCAUAAGUGGCUGCGGUAUCUUAUACAUCUACGGUUUAUGACAUCAAAAUCCGGUAAACUGUACCUGCACACCGACAUACGUAUAAUCGUAUCAAGGAAAGCUGAUCUCGACACGGCGACCGCCCAUUCCGCCUUAUUCCGCCCGCUGCCCACCAAUGACAGCUCGCCGACCGACACGAAGACUGCCGAACGCGACACGAACUCGCCCGACCGCAAACCGAACCGCGUGUUCGGCGGUUGCUCGGAAUUCGACGAUUUCAAAAAGGAAACCGGUUACGAAAACCAAAAUGGCGUGUCUUAUGAGCUUAGGAGCUUUACCUACGCCCCCGACAACCCGAAAUACUCGCCUAGGUAGUUGGUUGCGUGGUUGCUGGUUGCCUGCAUUGGUUGCGGGAGCCGGAGGUUUUUGUUUUAGUGCCUGUAUGUAAUGAUGUUUGUGUUAUCAGUAUGUAUUAAUGAGAAAAUAUAUUUUUGGUUUUUAUAA